UGUCAGUGUGUGCUGGGGUGACAGAGACGCACUCAUCUUCUUAGUCCUCUGGAUCGUCACCUCUUUUGAUCAUCCAGGGCAUAAUGUCCAACUACAACUCCACUACCUGCCAUAAUGACAGUACCGGCCACAUCAACAUGUUCGCUGUGGGCAUGUACUCCUUCAUCGCCAUUGUGGGUCUCAUUUUUAAUCUCAUAGCGCUGGUAUUUUUCUUCAGUUACAGCAAAUCUAAAUCACAAACCAUUGUCUACAUGACCAACCUUGCCAUAGCAGAUUUACUACUCAUCCUCACAUUGCCCAUGAGGAUAUACUACCAUCUGGGAUUUAAUGGCCUUCCUCAGUGGCUGUGUGAUGGCCUUGGUUUGGUCUUAAAGGCCAACAUGUAUGGAAGCAUAUUUCUCCUCACUUGCAUUUGCUUUGACCGUUGCAUGGCUGUCUCAUUCCCAAUGUCAACAUUAAUCCAGGAAGGGAGAAAGAAAGCACCACUGGUUUGUUUAGGAAUAUGGAUACUCACCUUUGGUGCCAGCCUGCCCAUCUACCUCUCCAAUCGCAACUAUUCUGUCAAUGAACAUUGUUUUGAUAAUCUGCCGAUCUACGCCAUCCAGCUCACGGUGGUUUUACCCACACUGUUGGUGGGGUUUGGGAUUCCGUUAGUCAUCAUGCUGAUCUGCUCCUGGUGUUUGGUCCGUGCUAUCCGUCAAAGCACUGUGGUCCAGACCAACCUGGUGGAUAGCAAAAAGAUCCAGAGGAUGAUUGCCACCAGCAUCCUUAUUUUCCUACUUAGCUUCCUCCCUUACCAUGCCACCUUGGUUCUCCUCUCGAUGUAUAGAGCAAAUACACCAUGCCCCAUACUAGCUGCAUACCGUUACAGCAUGAUGGUGGCAUGUCUCAACACAGUACUAGAUCCUGUUGCAUAUUAUUUCACCACAGACACCUUCAGGAAGAACUUAGACUUAGGUACUGUUCGGCAGAUGUUCCCUUUGAAUACUCAAAGUUCUGAGGGGAACAGCAGGAGCAGAGUGCCUGCCAACAGCUAAUGGACUGCUGAAGAACAGAGCUGUAACACUCAAGAGACACAGCUGUCCAAAAACUUGCUAUCAACAAAACAAUUAAGACUUGGAUUUGACUUUAUAAAUGCAAAAAUUAGAACAAUGACAUUUGAGGAGCUACACUGCGUGCACAAUUAUUAGGCAAGUAACUAUUCUGAUUGAAUCAUUAUUUCUAUGCACAUUUUCCGACUCCAAACCAGAUAAACUUGAAGGCUCAUUGGAGUUAAUAAUUUUCAGGUGAUUUGUAUUUGUCUAAUGAGGGAGGGUUUGGCAAAAGUGUAUAACACCUUAUAUCAAGGUGUGCAUGAUUAUUAGGCAGCUUCACCUAUCCUGAGGAAUACAGUUUGUCUAAUAAUUAUGCACAGAGUGUGUUUUAUUUUGGGAUCAGAUAUAUAGGUUAUCACUGUUGGAGCAGCAUCUGUCAUCAGAUUGCUUAAUAUUUGCAUAAUAUUAUGUUGCCAGAAAGAAUUGGCAUUUGGUUCUUCCACACUAAAGAGGAGGGUUAUUUACAGUACCACAUAGGCAUCUCUGACUAGUGACUGCUGUUUGUGAUAAUCUGGCACUUGGAUGGACGGGGUUAGAAAAUAUUCUUACAUUCUAUCCACACAAGGCGGUGGCACAAGGUGAGCAGCACGUUAGCAGAGAAGUAUGGCCUGCUUGGAAGACAACUCUCUGACCUUACAGCAAAAACACAAAGUCCCGCUUAGAUCCCUGCAACCUUGUCAGCUAGCCAGCGGCUAACUCUAAGGAAAACGGACGGAGCGGCUGGACACUCUCAUCUGCAUGAUCAGAACACGAUACAGCAAAGACUGCCACAGAACCACAAUUCUUCCCAGCCUGGCUCAAUCCACAAUGGACCUGCCAGCUAACCCAUCGCCCUCCAAAGCAACUUUCUUCCUUCACGCACUUGUAACGUAACUGGGCUUUCUUGAGCUUCACAUAGCUUAACUGUAACGUUACUUGGCUAGCUUUUGUAAAUCUCAUUUUUUCAUAGAGGUUUUAUUGUUGUAUUCUACAAUCAUGCAUGUGAGCCAUACAGGUGGCAGAACAAAGACACACAGAAACACAGGCACGCUGUCCUUAUCUCACACACACACACACACACACACACACACACACACACACACACACAGUUUAGUAUAUUUAAGGUAUUUUGAUCUUGUGUGUUUUGCUCUGUUUAUCUUGUUAAAUAAAUGCUUGUUUAUAUACA